AUGGAAAGAAGGCUUCUGAUUUUGCUGAUGGUGCCGGUAACGAUGAUUCCUGCCCUUCGUGUGGAGAUCCCUACAAAAUGCGAAUUCGGGGGAAAAGAAUACGACUUCAAUACGAAAUUUAUCGAAGGUGAAGAGAAGACAUUUGGCGGCAUUCACUAUGAAUGUAGGCAGUCUGGAAAUAACGAAGUGCAGCUUCUUGUGAACACGAAGAAGAGCAAGAGUGCAAGGCGGCUUCUUGUGAAGACGAAAGAAUGA